UCACACCUCCUUUCAUCGUCCCACCGAGUUUGGAAUUCUUAAUAAGCGCACUUCCUGUCCACAACGCAUGCCAUGACUCUUUCUCAUCUCUCUUCCAUCAUCUCCUUUUUUUUAUUCACAGCUUCGAUUUCUGGACAGAAACUUUACACUCCGACCCUGAGUCUACAACGCGAAGGCGUCCUCCGAGAUCCGGAACGUGCAGUUUCGGCUUCCAUAGCAGACGAUUUUGAAACCUUCUUCUUCAACCAGACGCUCGAUCAUUUCAACUACAGACCCGAGAGCUACACCACCUUUCAACAAAGAUACUUGAUUGACUCUAGAUACUGGGGUGGUGCGAAUUCUAGUGCGCCGAUCUUCGUUUACCUCGGUGCUGAAUCGCCAAUUGAUGGAUCCCCGACUGUGAUUGGGUUUCUGAGAGAUAACGCAGCUCAAUUCCAAGCUUUGUUAGUUUAUAUUGAGCAUCGGUAUUAUGGUGAGUCAAUUCCACUUGGGAUGAGCUUCGAAGAAGCUCUCCAUGAGACAAAUAUUCGUGGGUAUUUCAGCUCAGCCCAAGCUUUGGCUGAUUAUGCAGCCAUUAUUAUUCACGUGAAGCAGAAUUUGAAAGCCAGAGAUUCUCCAGUUAUUGUGGUUGGAGGAUCAUAUGGAGGAAAGCUUGCUUCGUGGUUCCGGCUAAAAUAUCCACACUUGACCGUCGGAGCUCUGGCCUCAUCUGCUCCAAUAUUGUAUUUUGAUGAUAUUACCCCACAGGAUGCAUACUAUUCGGUGGUCACCAAGGAUUUUAAGGAAGCUAGUGAGACUUGCUACCAAACUAUAGGAGACUCAUGGUCAGAGAUUGAUAGAGUUGCUCAAGAGCCUAAUGGCACUGCAAACUUAAGCAAGAUGUUCAAGACUUGCAAGCCUUUAGAGAGUGGGGACGAGCUGAAGAACUACUUGAUGUCGUUGUAUGCGUAUGCAGCUCAAUAUGACGAUCCACCAAGGUAUCCGGUGACAGUGAUAUGCAACGGUAUUGAUGGAGCAAAUACUACCGAAAAUGGCAUUCUUGGCAAAAUAUUUGCAAGCGUUGUCGCCUAUAAAGGGAACUCCGCAUGCUACGUUAAUCCUCCCACUAAUGUUUCUCAAACUGACUUGGGUUGGGGAUGGCAGAGAUGCAGCGAAAUGGUAAUGCCCAUCGGCAUCACAAACAAUUCCAUGUUCCAAUCAUACCCUUUCAACUUGAGCAGCUUCAUUGAUGAAUGCAACGACCAGUAUGGCGUCACACCUCGCCCACAUUGGAUCACUACAUACUAUGGUGGUCAUGAUAUAGAGCUAAUUCUUCUUAGAUUUGGCAGCAACAUUAUCUUUUCAAAUGGACUUCGAGAUCCUUACAGUAGCGCAGGGGUCCUAAAGAACAUUUCUGAUAGUAUCAUCGCAGUUUACACAGAGAAAGGUUCCCAUUGUUUGGAUAUACUUGCAGAGAAGCAAACCGAUCCAGAUUGGUUGGUCAUGCAACGAAAAGUUGAAGUUGAAAUUAUAAAAGGAUGGAUAGCCAAAUAUUAUUCUGAUCUGCUUGCUUUCAAACAGUGAUAUGAUGAACUGUUAUUGCCAUGAUUAUGGAUGGUGAGUUGAUUUGGAAAGGACAUUUCAACGACAGAUGAGAAUAAAAGAAUAAGGCCUAUGUACUUCACCAUAAAGUUAUCCUUGUAUUUCAUUGCUCCAUUAGAACGAGCUCUUAAUCAAGGAAAUCAAAAUGACUUCAUCCAAUAUUAUAUUUAAGCCA